AUGGAGUUGGGGGCGGAGCGGACCCUCGAGCUCCGGGUCGGCUUCCACGAUGCCAUCGCCGCUGUGCUCAAGAGCCACGACGAGGUGACGGCCGCGCUGGAGGCCGUGCCGGGCGUGAGGGUGAGGCUGGAGCCCCUGCCGAAGCCCGCCCUGGCGGUGCUGCAGGACGUGUCUGGCUGGGCCGACGACAGCCCGCGCUACGCAUCCAUCCCCUCCAACCUGGAGGCGCAGCUCAUGCCCUUCCAGCGCGAGGGCGUCCGGUUUGCGCUGGCACGGGGCGGCCGGGCCCUGAUCGGGGACGAGAUGGGGCUGGGCAAGACGGUGCAGGCGCUGGCGGUGGCGGCCGCCUACCGCGACGCGUGGCCGGCGCUCAUCAUCGCGCCCAGCUCCCUCCGAGAGCAAUGGGCUGACGCGCUGCAUCGCUGGCUGGGCGUGACGGAGGACCGGGUGCACGUCGUGCACACGCACAAGGACGCCGCCGCCAUCCCUGCCCGCCUCCAGUUCCUCAUUGCCUCCUACAACUUUGUUCCCAAGAUGGACUUGGGCCAGCGCUUCAACCUGAUCAUCGCCGACGAGGCGCACUACCUCAAGGACCCCAAGGCGCGAGGCUCCCAUGCGCAGCGCUCGCUGGCGGUGCUGCCCCUGCUGCGCGAGACGCCGCGCGUGCUGCUGCUCACCGGCACCCCUGCCCUGAACAAGCCCAAGGAGCUCUUCUCCCUGCUCUCCGCCCUCGUCCCCGGCGCGCGCCUGAAGAUGAAGGACUUUGGCGAGCGCUACUGCGCGGGCACGCGCUGGGACCGCUACGGCGGCGCCAGCAACCUGCCGGAGCUCCACGCGCUCCUGCGCGCGGUCAUGCUGUACCGCCUGAGCGCGGAGGUGAAGGGGCCGGCGGUGCAGGAGUACGUCGGCACACUGCUGGACGGCGGCACCAAGUUCCUGGCCUUUGCGCACCACACCUGCAUGCUGGACGCCAUCGAGCAUGAAUGCAACCGCCGCAAGGGGCUCAGGUUCAUCCGGAUCGACGGGUCCACUCAGACCUCGGACCGGCAGCGCCUGGUAAAUUCUUUCCAGGAGAACGCUGACGUGCAGGUCGCCAUCCUUUCCAUCAAGGCCGCCGGCGUGGGCCUGACGCUCACGGCUGCCUCUACCGUGGUGUUUGCCGAGAUGACAUGGACGCCCGGGGACCUCAUCCAGGCGGAAGACCGCGCUCAUCGCAUCGGCCAGGCCUCCUCGGUGAACAUUCACUUCCUGCAUGCCAAGGGCUCCGUGGAUGACAUCAUCUGGUCCACCAUUCAGAGCAAGCUGGAGAGCGUGGGGGAGGCCCUGGAUGGCCAGGGCCAGGCGCUGGAGGUUGCUGGCGGGGCGCGCACCCUCCCCGAGCGAGGUCAGAUGACGGUCACAAGUUUCAUGGAGGGCGGGGUCAGGAACGCGGCCCAAGCUGGGGCGCAGCAACCCGGGCAUCAAGUGCCUGCAUGGCAGGCUCCGGCGCCGCUGCCGCCCCACCAGGCGCUCAACAAGAAGAACGCUGCGCCCAUCGCCGCGGCAGGUCACCUGAAGAGGUCCUUUGGUGAGGUUGACCUGACUUGA